AUGCAGCUUCCCCGGCGCUGCGCGCGGGGCCAGGAAGCCGUCGCUUCCGUCAGCGUUGUGUGUUAUCGGCUGGCCCUGCCAGCGCUGGUCAUUGAUGGACUGAGUCCUUGGAGCAAGAUUCCCCUUCUCUGGGAUAUGUGCACGUUGUGCUCGAAUGGCUACUGGCGAAAGGCGGUGGCUGUUACCCAGUAUGGGAGCUGCCAUAGGCAUCACACGGAAUCUGCUUGCCUCCCAGUUCGAGUCGAGGCACUGGAGGAGCAUCCUCCAUCAUUUCAGCCUUACUUGGGCAUGAUCACGCUGAACAGCAGCGUUUGCCUAGCUGCGGUGCCCGUGUACGCGUGCGCAACGUCAGCGGCUGAAGCAAGGCUUGCGGCAAAGCGAGCAGCGCGUGCAGAGGCACGGGAAAUACGGAUGAAAGAACUGGAGCGGCAGCAGAAGGAGAUCUAUCAAGUUCAGAAGAAAUAUUAUGGUCUGGAUACUAAAUGGGGAGACAUCGAGCAAUGGAUGGAAGACAGCGAGCGUUACUCCCGUAGAGCCCGAAGAAAUGCCUCGGCUUCGGAUGAAGAUGAGCGCAUGUCAGUGGGUAGCCGUGGAAGCCUGAGGUCUCAUUUGGAAUAUGCCAGCACCUACCCAGUGGCUGGAUUAGAGAAUGAGAGGACCAAAAAGAAGAACUACUCCAAAGCAACCAAUGGUUAUGAGGAAGACAGGUAUGGAUCAUCCCAGAGUAGAAAAUCUAGCAGGGCUUCGUACUACUCUGAUCUGGGUCUUCUCAACAGCAGCUAUGCUUCCACAUCUCAACCUUCUUCCCAAAAUGGAAACUGGGCGUCUGUGUGUGACGAGAGUGUUUACAGUGGGAGUCGUCGGUAUAGUGCCUCUAGUUCUCGUGCUCCUUCCGAGUACAGCUGCUACCUUGGUUCAGGAUCUCGGGCAUCCUCAAGAGCCAGCUCUGCUCGGGCCAGUCCAGUGAUUGAGGAAAGGCCUGAAAAAGACUUUGAGAAGGGAGCACGUACUGUCUCAAGUUUAUCGGCAGCUACCUUAGCUUCCCUGGGUGGGACUUCCUCACGGAGAGGCAGCGCGGAUACAUCCAUCUCGGCCGAUACGGAGGCAUCUAUUAGAGAAAUAAAGGAUAUCUAUGAGUUAAAGGACCAGAUUCAGGAUGUAGAAGGCAAAUACAUGCAGGGACUGAAAGAGAUGAAGGACUCUCUAGCCGAAGCUGAAGAGAAAUACAAAAAGGCCAUGGUGUCAAAUGCUCAGCUAGACAACGAAAAAACCAAUUUCAUGUACCAGGUAGAUACGCUGAAGGAUGCGCUCUUAGAGUUGGAGGAACAGCUGGCAGAAUCCAGACGGCAAUACGAAGAGAAAAGUAAAGAAUUUGAGAGGGAGAAGCAUGCUCAUAGCAUAUUGCAGUUUCAGUUCAUGGAAAUCAAAGAAGCUUUGAAGCAAAGGGAAGAAAUGCUUGCGGAAAUCCAGCAGCUGCAACAGAAACAGCAGAGCUAUGUCAGGGAAAUUUCUGAUCUUCAGGAGACGAUAGAGUGGAAAGACAAAAAAAUAGGGGCGUUAGAGAGGCAGAAAGAUUUCUUUGAUUCCAUAAGGAGUGAGCGGGAUGACCUUAGAGAUGAAGUGGUUGUGCUGAAGGAGCAACUGAAGAAACAUGGAAUAAUCCCAGACUCUGACGUAGCCACUAACGGGGAGACAUCGGACAUUCUUGAUAACGAAGGACACUUGGAUUCUUCCAAAAACGUUACGGGCAUGACUCAGGCAUUAAAGGCAGGAGGGGAUGGGAUGCUAGACAGGCUGAAAAAACUCAUUGAUGAACGAGAGUCCUUACUAGACCAGAUUAAACGAUUAAAAGGACAACUGGAAGAAAAGCAAAAGAAUGGCAAAGUGGAAAAUACACAGUCAGAAGACGAAGUUCUAGAAAAUGGGACAGAUAUGCACAUGAUUGACCUCCAAAGGGAUGCCAACAGACAGAUCAGUGAUCUCAAAUUUAAACUAGCAAAAUCUGAGCAAGAGAUAACAGCGUUGGAGCAGAAUGUAAUACGGUUGGAAGGUCAGGUAGCCCGAUACAAAACUGCUGCUGAAAACGCUGAGAGAGUUGAAGAUGAACUGAAAGCAGAGAAACGCAAACUACAGAGAGAGCUUCGUUCUGCACUGGAUAAAACCGAAGAGCUUGAAGUCAGCAAUGGUCAUCUAGUAAAACGCCUGGAGAAGAUGAAAGCCAACCGGAGUGCUUUACUCUCUCAGCAAUAACCUCCCCC